GCGUCCGAGCCGUUGCUAGGGGAGCCGUGGCCUUAGUGAUGGAGCCGGAGUAAAGUCGGUGGGGAGCCAAGAAAGGGGCGAAAGGGACGCGCCAAGGAUGGGCUUGUGGAGCAAUUAGUCUUAAUUACGGGAGCUCAAGAGGGCAGGAUGCCGCACAAGAUUGGGUUUAUUGUUCUAAGUUCAUCCGGACAUGAGGACGGCUACAGUGCGAACGAGCUGAUGGUCCAUGCGCCGACUGUCAAGGGAUGGAGGUCCCCAAGGCUCUGCCAAUAUCCCCAAGAAAUAGUCCUGCAGAUGGUGGAACCCUGCAGAAUUCGAAAACUCCAGCUGCUGGCCCACCAGUACAUGAUCUCCAGCAAAAUUGAGUUCUACAUCAGCGACCACCUGCCUGAAUACUUUGCUCCUUACAAGUCGGAGAGGUUCCGAAGGCUGGGUUAUAUCUCCCUCUCGAACAACGAGAAGACCAGCUACAAAGCCCGAGAGCUGAAAUCUGUCUACGUGGAUGCCGUCGGCCAAUAUUUGAAGUUGACGUUCCAGAAAAACUACAUAAAUCACUACAACGUCUACAAUCAGGUUGCACUCGUAGCAAUAAACAUCAUCGGGGAACCUGCAGACCUCAACAGCGACAGCAGCCAUACUUCACGAGAGAAGCUGAUCGACCAUUACCUUGGGAACAACCCAGACAAUUCAGCCCUAGAUGGAACCUACUCUGGAAAGCACGACUUGAUAUCACCGCUGGAUGAUUUGGCAUUUGACAUGUACCAACACCCCGAAGUGGCCCAGAUUAUCCGUAAACUGGAUGAGAGAAAGCAGAAAGCAGUGCAGCAGGAGCAUUAUGAUCACGCUAAGAAACUCAAGCAAGCCAUCGCGGACCUGCAGAAGGUCGGGGAGAGGCUGGGCCGCUACGAGGUGGAGAAGCGCUGUGCCGUAGAGAGGGAGGACUACGACCUCGCCAAGCAAAAGAAGCAGCAGAUGGAGGACUACCGCCGGCAAGUGUACCAGCAGCUGGAGCUCCACAACCUCCUCGACGAGGACCUGGCGGUCCAGCGGCCUCCAGACCUACCCUUUGAGACCAUGGCUUAUUCCGCCGCUUCUCCCCAACAGAAAAAGUCCAUGUUUUCUCCCCGGCGGGAUAAACCAGAAGCAGAGUCCCACGAGCCUUUGCCUCCCGAAAAGCCGUCGGAAGCUCCUCCUCUGGGGCCUGCUAACCCCCAGGCCUUCUCUCCUCCUGCAGCCCAAGCCGCUUCUGUCUCUGACAAGGCCUUUCCUAAAGUCAGCGUGGAGUCGUUACCCUACGACGAGCGGCCGCUCCCCACCAUCCGUAAGCAGCAGCAAGAGGAAGGUUUUGCCUUCCUGGAUCCCGAGAUGAACGAGGAGGACCCCGGGGAGACACCGAGAAGCGGCAUCGUGGGCGAGCCGGAGCCACUAACAGAGAAGGCCCUGCGAGAGGCGAGCGCGGCAAUCGAAGUGUUUGGAGAAGCCCUGGUGGCUGGAGCCUAUUCCAGAACGUGGUCCUACCGUGAAGACUCCUUGCUCGCAAUCUACAAGAAGAUGAUGGAGGUCUCUCCAAACACACCCAAGGAAGACCUGAAGAACCUGCUUCAGGGUGCUGUCUUUCUCAUCGUGAGAGCCAUCAAAGACAUUGUGUCCUCUGUUUUCCACGCCUCCUUGAAACUCCUGAAAAUGAUCAUCACACAGUACAUCCCCAAGCACAAGCUCGGGAAGCAGGAAACAGCCCACUGCGUGGAGAGGACCUUGCCCAACCUGCUCUCCCGGACGGGGGACUCCUCUGCCCGCCUGCGGGCGGCCGCUGCCAACUUCAUCCAGGAGAUCGCCCUCUGUCACGAAGUCAAGCCUCUCCAAAUCGUGCCGGCCCACCUGGUGCAGCCCCUGAAGCCCAGCUUUCCCACCCACCUCGCCAUGAGCCAGGUGGAGUUGGCGGAGCGCCUGCUGAAAGACCUGGGGACGGACAACAGCGGCUUCACGGUCGACGGCGUCAUGAAAUUCGCCACAGGCGCCCUCGAGCACCGGGUCUAUGAAGUCCGGGAGACGGCCCUGCGCAUCAUCUUGGACAUGUACCGCCAGCACCGCGCCGUCAUCCUGGAUUACCUGCCUCCCGACGAUGCCAACACUCGCAAGAACGUCCUGUACAAGACGCUGUUCGACGGAUUUGCCAAAAUCGAUGGCAAGCUCACCGAGGCGCAGAAAAAGACGGUGGCCGAAGAAGCCGAGAAGCAAAAGAAGGACGAGAUCCGGGCUCUGCAAGGACAACUGGCUGCUCUGAAGGAGAUGCAGACGGAAGCUCAGGCUGCAAAGGAGAAAGAAAGCGAGAGGCCCAGGAACCAAGGUGAAGUCUUGAAAUCUCCCCAGCCUGCGACUGCUGAAAUUCCGGACGAUCAUUCCUCUGUUGACAACCUUUGCAUCUUCUGUGGCGAACAGGAUGAAUCCUUCACGGAGCAAAGCCUGGAUCUGCAUUAUUGGAAACGCUGCCCCAUGCUGACCCGGUGUGACUUCUGCAAGCAGGUGGUGGAAAUUGCCAGCCUGACGGAUCAUCUGCUGGCCGAGUGCGACAAGAAAGACAACUUUGGCAAGUGUUCUCGCUGCUGUGAAGCCCUGCCGAAGCAGGAGCUGCCCCGGCACGUCAAGGGGAAGGCCUGCAACCCUGCCAAACCUAAAAAAGUGGCCAAUCGCUGCCCGUUGUGCCAUGAGAAUUUCACCCCUGGGGAGGAGGCCUGGAAAGUGCACCUGAUGGGAAAAGACGGCUGCCGGAUGAACCCCAGGCGGACCCAGGCCUUGAACAAGAGCGGCCCGAUGCAGCCAGUUCCUGGCAGGCCUGCCGGCGCAGCCCUCAACCACUCGGGGCCCACAGGCGCGAAGCUUCGCUCCCCCUCCGUGGGAAGCAAGAUCCCCACCCCACGAAGAGGCCUGAAUAAAAACACUGGCAGAACGUAUGCCAAGCGAUGACCCCCGUCCUCCUCUUUCCCGUGGCGACGCUUCUCUCUUCUUUCUCGGAGGUGCCGCUCGCAGGGGACAAAGCGAUUGCCCAGCCACCAAUCUUACUCGUUGUUGCUUGGCUCAGGUCGGUGGGGUUUUUUGCCUGCCCUAGGGAUUGCCUCUUGUCUGCCACGGCAAGAUUUUCUGCCUCCAGAGCACUAGCCGAGUGCUCUGGAUUAAAGCCUAGCCUUCCGGGGGCUUCAAUGCCCGAGGGGUACCCCUUGCUCUAGGUUCUCAGGACGGGCCCUCAAGGAAUAGCUCGCCCCCUUCCUUCAUGGAGGCUAAGAGCAGGGAAAAGGAGGAACCCAGCCAUCACUUUUGUACCCCUUCGGUUCGUUUCCCCCCCUCUUCGUACAAGCGUGGGUCCGCGGGUCUCUGAGGAUGGCGCUCUGGUGGUCUUGUCCAGAUCCAAAGGAGAUUCUCAAAAGACUUCAGCGAGGUGGAAUGAACUGCCGUUUAGAGAAGAAGCCGAAGCGUUCCCAGGGCAUCGUCUCAAAUGGCGAGGGUUGGGUUGGGUUGGCAUCUUUUAGCAGAGCUCCCACAUUUUAAGCGAUCCCUCUCUGAAAUAUCUUCCCCAUGGAAGAUAUCUACAUCAGUCUCAUUGGUCUCCCCCUCUCUUGUCCUUAAUGGCUCUGAGACUACAGUAGGAACCCAUUAUCUGCAGGAUCGCUCUCCAUGGAUUUAUUUAUCCACAGUCCAAAAUUCUCAAAAAGUUUAAAAGAAAAAGGCUAGAAAGACAUACUUACACAGUGUAUUUCUCAGGAGUGGCCAGUAGAGGGAGUCAAAGACUGUGCUAUGUAUUCCAACAACAAGAACCCAUAGCAUGGUCUCUGGCUACCUCUAGUGUCUAGUUCUGGUAAUACAUGGCAAAAAAAACUUUUUCUGGAUUUUUUUCUUUAUAGCAUUCACUGUUGCUCACCAUUUUCAGCCUCUUCGUGGACUUGAAACCAAUCUUGUGCAGAUAUGGGGAUCCUACUAUAUGCUUAAUUGUAUCUAGAAAGAGCAGAAGCAUGUGGUUUGAAAUCUCACAAAGUGGACCUCAAAUAGCGUCGCACACUGACUUUUCUGGCCUCUUCUCGAGGCUCCAUUGACCUACAAUGCAUUGAAAACCGAUUAAUCCAUAACCGGCCGUUUUUGUUCCAUUUUGGUUU